UAUAUUUUUUAAAAGUCAUAAUUUGGCUUUAGCAGCCUCCCGUCCAUAGAGUGGCGCUCUAACACAAUGAAGAACCUGUAGAUGGAAGACAAAGAAGACUGAAAAAGCAGCGCAUGCGCACACGCUGACUACCUUCAUCGCUGGCGUGAUCCUAUCGGCGUAUUGCUGAUAAUCAAACCAAGGAGGAUAACAAGAAGGAAUCGUCCAGUGUGGAUUGAGCUGUUCCCCUCAAGUGUGUUUGGGUCCGUCACUGUGCAAACAUGGAUUUCCAACACAGAGCUGGAGGGAAGACAGGAAGCGGCGGGGUGGCUUCGUCCUCGGAAAGCAAUCGUGACAGACGAGAACGGCUACGCCAGCUGGCUCUGGAGACCAUCGACAUCAAUAAAGACCCCUAUUUCAUGAAAAAUCAUUUAGGCUCAUACGAGUGUAAACUUUGCCUGACGCUUCAUAACAACGAGGGAAGCUACUUAGCUCAUACACAAGGAAAGAAACAUCAAACCAAUCUAGCCCGGCGAGCUGCUAAAGAGGCCAAGGAAGCUCCUGCUCAGCCAGCUCCAGCAAAAGUGAAGGUCGAGGUCAGGAAGUUUGUCAAAAUUGGUCGACCGGGAUACAAAGUAACCAAGCAGCGAGAUCCAGAGAGCGGGCAGCAAUCUUUACUUUUCCAGAUUGACUACCCAGAAGUUGCAGAAGGUAUUGGGCCAAGGCACCGUUUCAUGUCUGCAUACGAACAGCGCAUCGAGCCCCCUGACCGCCGCUGGCAGUACCUGCUGCUGGCUGCAGAACCCUACGAGACUAUCGCCUUUAAGGUCCCCAGUCGAGAAAUAGACAAAGCAGAGAGCCGCUUCUGGACACACUGGAACCGAGAAACUAAACAGUUUUUCCUUCAAUUCCACUUCAAAAUGGAGAAAGCUUUGCUACCACCCACUGGUCAACCACCUCCAGUGGGAAUGAAGCGUCCUAUGCCUCUCAUGAGCGGACCUCGCCCACAGAAUGACUCCAUGCCGCCGCCGCCAGGUGGUAUGGUGCCGCCUCUGCCCCCAGGUGCUCCAGGUACCCCGCAAAUGCCCCCUCAGAUGCCUAUGCCACCAAUGCCCAUGAGGCCGCCACCCCCUGAGAGCUUAAUGGCUAACAAUUAAACUGACUGGUUAUUGGUUUUGCUAUUUUAUCUGUCCACACCAACAGUUUUUGUUGUUUUACCUGGCUAAAUAUGACCACGUUUGUAAAAAGAUUCUCAUUACGGAGCUACACAUUUAUUUUACAAAGAUUUUGUAAUUAAAUACUGUCUACAAA